UUGACAGGAGCUGUGCGUAGUUUCUUUUAGUAAUAAUUGCAGGACAGUUCUGUGGAGGAUGAAGCACCACCUCACAGCUCCGCCUCGUCAGACAGUAGCGUACACUGCCUGUUUUCCUGGUCAUAACUCUGCACUACAGAACUCAGGAGCCAUGACCAUGGUAUACUCCAACAUGACAACUGAAAACUAUUCUGACUACUACAACAUAAUAUCAGAUGAGAUUCAAAUCUGCAGACAUGAUAGCAUAAGGUCAUUCAGCCAAGUGUUCCUCCCUACCCUCUACAGCAUCGUCUUCAUUGUGGGCUUCAUAGGCAACGGCUUGGUGUUGUGUGUCCUGGUCAAGUACCACAAAAGUUCAAACGUGACAGAUGUGUGUCUCUUCAACCUGGCCCUUUCAGACCUCCUCUUCCUGAUCUCACUGCCUUUCUGGGCUCAUUACGCUGCCAUAAAUAAGUGGACCUUUGGGAACUUUAUGUGCCAUGCGGUAACAGCGCUCUACAUACUGGGAUUCUAUGGAAGUAUCUUCUUCAUAAUCCUCAUGACUGUACAUCGCUACAUCAUUACUGCCCAAAUCCACACUUCUCUCUUCUCCAGGCAUCAACCUAUCAGAGGCAGUAUAGUACUGAUUUUGUUUAUGUGGGCACUUAGUUUGGGAGCUUCACUUCCAACCGUCAUUUUCUCCCAAAUUAAGAAUGAAUCAAAUGGAUGGAGAUGCAGAGUGGAAUAUCCAGAAGGCACAGGAUGGAGGUCAUUCUCUUACAUUGAGAUGAACAUCCUUGGCUUGAUUAUUCCUCUCUCAGUGAUGGUGUUCUGCUACUCGCGUAUCGUUCCCAUCUUAACGGCCAUGAAAUCUAAAAAAAAACACAAAGCUGUCAGGCUUGUCUUUGUUUUAGUCAUUGUUUUCUUCCUCUUCUGGACGCCCUACAACAUCGUCAUCUUCCUGAGGUUCCUGCAUCACUUGGGCUACAUGAACACGUGUCAGUGGGAGCAGGACCUGAACAUGGCUAUGCAGUGGGUGGAAACCAUAGCGUUUAGUCACUGCUGCCUCAACCCCAUCAUCUACGCCUUUGUGGGGCAGAAAUUCAGGAAUUUAGUUCUCAAGAUUCUGAAAGAGUGGUUUCCUCUUUGCUUUGGUUGCUGUACACAAACUGUCAGUGACUUCUCAGGGAGAAGGAGCAUGAGUGUGGCCUCAUGCUCCCCAGAAGUUUCUAGCACAAAGUUUGUGUAGCCAAAACUGGGCAAAAAAUGCAACAGCUUAAACAAAACCUAAACCAGACAAUAUCAAACAUUUUAAGAGAAACACAGUAGGUGGUACCAGGAACUGGUCUAUUCUGGUAAUAUGUUAUAUAACCACUACUUUCUCAUGAACGGUUACUGAAUUACGAAAACUGCUUUUCAUAUACAAAUAAGUUUGUGCGAGGCAGGAUGAUACAAUCCCAUCAGAGGAUUAUAAAAUGUAUUUUAAGAUAAUAUGCAAAUACUCAGUGAGGUCUUCACAAUAACAGCCUAUGUAAACAGAUUGUGUGGUUUUAUUUCCCUUUCCCCUUCAUGGCUUUCAAUGAAAUGUUUGUGGACAUCAUGUGCAACUUCAUGAUUAUUUCAUGCCCAGGUUGUCAUGUACCAAAAACGAAUGUUGAAUUACUUGAACUUGGGGUCAUAUUUUCUGGGGCCGUAAUAUAUACACUUGUUUCAUAUGGGUCUAUUAGGAACAAGCUGUUUGUUUUAGCUCAGAAACAUACAGAUUCCUAAACACCUGAUCUUUACUUUUAUAUGCAUUGAAGACGUACGCAAGCUUAAAGCUUGGCCUAUAGUGAAGUCGCUGGUGGUGAAGUUCUAUUUUCUAAAAAUAGAAAUAAAAACAUCCUCAUUUAUAUAAUGGUGUUUCACCUCUUGGGUAGAUUUGGGUUUACAUGAUAUAGCUAUACAGUAUAAUCCAAUACCCAGGUCCAAUUUACAGUUCCAGAACAACUUACAUUCUACAGCUGAAUAACUGAGCGAUUGAGGUCUCAAGAGUCGGAUUGGUGAAUCUGAGAUUUGAACUUACAUCAGAAGUCUAACAUUUUAAACUUUGAGCAUCCAGUUAGAAAAGAAACAUCUAAUCAACAUCAUUGUACAUUUGUACCAGUUAAAACUGUGCCUGGUUCGGGGAUUUGAUCAAGAUCCCAGUGGCGGUUUGUGACAGUAUUUUAUAAAUUCUCCCCAGAAAGAGAAACUGCAAGAAAGGAAAGCCAUGCAAACAAAAAAGCAGAAGAAAAUGCAUGCACUCAAAGCAAUCAAUCUGAUAAAACAAAACCAGCAUUAAUGUCUUUUGGAGGCACAUCCCAUAAUUAAACCACAAUGGAUAACUGUGGUUCUGCUUGAAAAGAUCUUCCUGGAAAAUACAAGUUUUUAAUGUUCAUCUUUUGUGUAAAAGCCCCACCCAUGGAAACCAAAACACAGCUGCACAUCCUGCUUUUCCACAUACUCAUUAAUAGAGAAAAGAUGCCUAUGAUGUGGAUUCACUACUAAAGGAUGCUUUUUACAUAUUUAUUGCCAUUAAGUUUUGUGUUGUUUGUGCAUCAUGUGCUUUAUUUUAAACAAACUGUCUACAUAGAAAUUUCCAUAAAAGUAGUUUUUCAGAAAAUCCUAUUGAAUCGAUUUAUUGCCGUCUGGAAAGAUGUAAUUUUAUAAAGUGAUUAAAAUCUCAUUAUGUGCCA